AAUCCUGAUCCUGUUGUUGACUGAGGAAGACCCCGUUACACCAAUCUCUCCUUGCCCAAAAGUAGUCUCGCUCUCAACAGAAGAUUUGACCGGUUUCAACACACCCCCACACACAUCAAUUGAGCCCCCCAAAAGGGAAGCAACAACGCACUCUUGUAGAUGUAACACUUGUUGGGUUCUCUCUCUCUCUCUCUCUCUCUCUCUCUCUCUCCAAAAGUUGCACUGGCAUGGUGAAAUGGCCGAUCAGAGUGGUGGUGGUGGUGGCAACAACGCCAUGAUGAGGGACUACAGGAAAGGGAACUGGAAUGUGAACGAGACCAUGAUACUGAUCGAGGCGAAGAAGAUGGACGACGAGAGGCGGACAAAGCGAAGCGAGGAGAGCGGCGAGGGAGCAGGGGGAGGGGCCGGAAGAGGCGGCGGGGCCAAGCCCUCGGAGCCGAGGUGGAAGUGGGUGGAGGACUACUGCUGGAGGAGGGGGUGCUUCAGGAGCCAGAACCAGUGCAACGACAAGUGGGACAACCUCAUGAGGGACUACAAGAAGGUGAGGGAAUACGAGAGGCGGAGGACUGGCGAGGAGGAGGAGGACGAGGCGGCUUCGUAUUGGAAGAUCGAGAAGAGCGAGAGGAAGGAGAGGAACCUGCCCACCAACAUGAUGCCCCAGAUAUACGAGGCCUUGGUGGAUGUGGUGGAGAGGAGAGCAGGAGGAGGAGGAGCUCAGAGGGCCGCUGCCGCUGCUUCUGCCUCCGUCGCCACCUAUUCUAUCGGCCACCCGAAUCCCGACGUCAUCGUUAGCACUGGUUAUGCGGUGGAGACGCCCAUUCAGCCUCCGUUGCCUCCGCAGCAGCAUGCCUUGCCGGGCCCCAUCGUGCCGGCAUUACCUCCUUCUUCUCAGACGCCGGAGGCUCCGCCACAGCUGCCUUCCGCUGCCGCUUCUCAGCCACUUCCAACACCAGAAUCCGAAUCGAGCGAGCAUUCGGACUCGCCGGCCAAGCGGAGGAGGAGAGGCGGAGAUCGCGGCGCGGCGGCGAGCGAGGAUCGCCACGAGCCGUGCGACGUCGGGACCGCCAUCUCGAGGAGCGCCUCCAUAAUAGCGGAGGCGCUCCAGGCGUGCGACGAGAGAGAAGAGCGACGGCACAGGGACCUGGUCGGCCUCCACGAGAGGAGGCUCAAGCUGGAGGAGUCCAAGACGGAGAUCAACCGACAAGGCAACGACGGCCUCGUGAGCGCCAUCAACAAGCUCGCCAGUUCCAUCCACGCUCUAGCUUCCACUUCCAGCAGUAAGAAUCCACCCUCCUCAUGAAGCAGCCCACAUUCAAAUCCGGUUCUGUACAUAUGGAAGAACCACGAAACGUCGUACGAUCCAUCCUCGAUUGAUGAUGACGACGACGACGAUGAGAUCCCAUCGCUCCAUUUCAUUAUUGAUCGCUAUUAGUCUGGUUUCAUAUGUAACAUUUUUUUUCCAACAUGAAUGAACUCGGGCACGUAUGAGAAUUUGUCCUAUGAUGUUUUAUUAGUAUUCUUCUUUUCAUA